AUGGAGCCUCAGAAACCCCAUGGCAUAUCCAGUCCGUCCGCGUCGUCCGUGUUUCUCCCUCUUGGACGACGUGGAUCGCGCUGUUCGAUCGCCACUACUCAGACUGAACGAGAAACCAUGAAUACAGCUCUGGAUCAAAUCCAUAAUACCGCGUACCAGUCAGAUUCUCUUACCCUCUUCAACGAUUUUACUAGUCCCCCGGCACCGACAUCCGUAUCAGAUGAGAAGGGCCUAACUUCGGUGGGUGGAGUGCGAGAUAUGGUGAGCGGCGGAGGAAAGUACACGGACAAGUCUUCAAUGGACAAACCAGCUGUCAAGAGUCCUGCAUCGGAGCGCUCUAUGGCCAAGUCGGGCUCAGACAUGGCAACCGGCGCGGCUGGCCACCCGCCAUCACAUCCCAACUCCUCGCAGGGCUCAAGACUCCAUUCACCGGUGGUGCCAAAUUUUCAACAAAUCCAGGAUACUGCGUCUCACGCCAACACUGGGAAAAGUUCCAAAAUUUCUUCAAAAAGCCCCAGUAUAUCCUCUAAGGCUUCUGUUUCUGCUUCGCCAGGAAUCAAACCUAAUAUUGCCCCGUUGACCAAGUCCACCGGUGGUUCUGUUGCUGCAGAUCCCGCAGUUACCCAGUUGCAUGUGAAUGCAUUCGGACAAUCCCAUCGUUCCAGGAGUAGCUCUGUCAAUGUUCCUUCGCAAGGGCUUCAGAAUGUGGAGUCUGCUAGUAUUGGCAGCAGGGAUGGUCCCAUGGACACUUCCAUGAGCCAAACCUCUUCGGUUUUAAGCCAAAACCUCUCCAACUCCCCAGUGCUAUCGGAGAAGAUGUGCGAGAGCCAGCAUGAGGAGCAGGGUCCCGUGGAUUCCAGUGCAUCAUUUGCCCCGGCAAGCCAUCCCUCGGAUAAUCCCAGGAACUCGGUUCCUGUGAACCAACAAAAGCUAUCUGACAACCCAGAUCCAUCUUUUGCGGAGAGAGUCUCGAAGCCAUCCGAGUCGGCUCAGGAUCUUUCGUCUCGUCAAAUAGGCCGGUCGAGCUCGCGAACAUCUUCGCAUUUUGAUGAGUCUAUUGCGCCAAUGUCCACGCCUAGCAGCCUCUCGAAACUUGCUUCCCCAGACGAAUCAUAUCACACGGACCAAAAUCCAAGCGCAAUGUCGAAAAUCUUGUCUCGGGAUGAUACGAAAGUCAGCGAACCCAAGGCCACUUCUCCAGAGAAGCCCUAUGAAAAAUCCACUAUACCGCCCAGGACAAGUCGUUUACCUGGUUACUCGAUGUCGCGAGCAUCGACAGCUGAGACAACUACCGCAGUGACUUUGCCGCCAUUGAAUACAGCAAUUGAUCGGGUUACUGGCCAAACCGGUCAGAAUGACCAACAAGCGGCUGCAGGGGGCGACGGCGUUCUAUCACAGCUGCGAAGCAAAUUGCUCAGCAGGGACUUCUGGAUGCGUGAUGAAAAUGCCAAGGACUGCUUCCACUGUGGAGAACCUUUUUCAACUUUUCGCAGAAAACACCAUUGUCGGACUUGUGGUCAAAUAUUUGAUUCCAAAUGCACGCUCUUAAUCCCGGGGGCUCGGUUUGGACAGCCUGGCUCUAUCCGCGUUUGCAAGCCAUGCGAGGCAAUGAUCAAUGCGCACGAAGAUGAUUCCUCCGAGUUCUCUGAUAGCGAGCAAAGCCCCAUAGUCACCAAUCCUCGAGUAUCUGAGCUCAGCUGGGGCAACAACGCCCGUGCAUCUGCCGAUGAUGAUGAUUCAUCCUCUGUCGUGUCUCAGUCCAUUGAUCAUGUUCUCAGAACUCCAACCAUGGCCAUACCAGCUACACGACGUGCUGGCGAGGGCCAUAACCGUCGCUCGGCUGUCCUGGAAAUUAACCCUGAUCGUCCGCUGACACGACCUACGUCCUCGCGGUCAUUAAGAUCGUCAUUGGGCGGAAGGCCUCACUCCGUCAGUCACAAGCGCCACCACUCUCGACAGCAAUACAUUCGGAGUUUUAAGCCGUACCAUGAGGAUCGGGCCCCCUUCCAGCGCCGCCAUGCCGAUGACAUUAGUUCUGAAUCUCGACUUCCUGCCUUUCACAAAGAUAACAUCAUUGAUCCGGAUUUAGCCCAAUAUCUUUCAGAUGAUGCCUCUAGUGGUGAUGAACAGCCUAGCCUUCUAUCCGCGGUUUCAGAGGGCACCUUGUCCAAGAGUGGUGGUGACAAUGAACGAGCGACUCUUGGUGGAUUUCUCGCUGCUGUGAAAAAAGGAAGAUCCGCCUUUGGAGAUCGAAGUGUCGCUAGCAUGAAUCAGUCUGGUCGAGACGCAGAUGAUGCCAGUAUCAGCAGCUCGAGGGCAGUGAAUCUUCCCCGUUCCUCCCGUCGACGAAACUUGAGUGUUGCUAGCAGUAUACACCAUCGUCAGUCUCCCAGAACCUCGAGAGAAAGCAUGUUCCCCCAUGAUCUCCCGCUAACAGGCGUUCCCUUCCCUGUUGGGGCGAACCAAACUGGGUUCAAGAUGACCAGAAGUUCAUCGAUGAGAGGAACUGGUGCACCGCCGGUUGAGUUGAACAAGGCCAGUCUGGAACACGUGCGGAAGCUUCUGCAUCAGUUACUGGCUGGGUCGUCUGUUCCAAAUGGCGAGAGCUGGGAAAACGCGCUGAUGCCAAUUUUAUUGAAGGCGGCGGACGAGGUCGACCCAGAUGUUCAAAGGGGAGACGAUAUGGAUAUACGCCAUUACAUCAAAUUAAAAAAAAUUCCCGGUGGUCGACCUGGCGACACAUCUUAUGUCUCGGGGCUGGUGUUUACCAAGAACUUGGCUUUGAAGAGCAUGCCCCGGAGCAUUUUACAUCCAAACAUCUUGAUCAUCACAUUUCCUCUUGAAUACGCUCGCCAUCAACAGCACUUCAUGAGCCUCGAGCCUGUUAUCCGACAAGAGCGUGAGUUUCUUGAGAACCUUGUCAGUCGAAUCGCCGCCUUGCAUCCAAACUUGCUUCUGGUCGAGAAGAAUGUUUCUGGCUUGGCCCUGGGUCUUCUCGAGCAGGCUGGCAUUGCAACUGCAUAUAACGUGAAGCCAUCGGUUCUCGAGGCUGUUUCGAGAUGUACCCAAACUAGGAUUGUAACAUCCAUGGACAAACUCUUGACCACUUCUUUGCACAGCGACUGCAGCAGCUUUGAUGUCAAGACCUACGUUCACACUGGCCGGAAGAAGACAUACAUUUACAUUUCUGGCUGCCCCAAAGAGCUGGGGUGCACCAUCGUUCUACGUGGUGGAGACUAUGGAGCUCUUGAGAAGGUCAAGAGGAUCACAGAGUUCAUGGUCUACGUUGUGUACAACCUGCGCCUGGAAACAUGUUUGAUGCGGGAUGAGUUCGCCAAGAUACCCACAUUGGCGGCCGAUGAUGUUAAGAUGACCAGCGAUGAAGACAAGAAAGACAGUCCUCGACCUCUCACCAACGAGAGUGACAAACCCGCUCUUGAUUCAGGAACCCUGCAGCAAAGCUCCAAUGAGCAGCCGAGUGGAAAUUUUGAUGGAAUCACAACUGCGGCGGCUGAGGUCACUGUAGUGCCAGAUGAUGUUCCCAUGCCGACAUACUACGACGAUAUGGUCCAAGACCAUCAGACAAAGAUUCUGUCUGCGUCGCCUUUUGUCAAAUUUGAGCCUCCCUAUCUUCUCAUGCGUACUAGGGAGAUGGAACGUCGACUGGCUUACCUGAAACGUCUUCGUGACCAAGAUGGAAGUACCGGGCAACCCACAGAGGAAAGGGUCAAACCACAGAGCUUCACCCUCAUCACGCCGGAAAUGGUCCACGAAUCACCCCAUGAUGCUUCCCCUAAGGUCAAAGAGGUACUGCGCGCAGCUCAUGAUGCUGAAUAUGAUCGAGCGCUUUAUCACUAUCAAACUCAAAAACGUCAGUGGGAGGCCUAUGUGUCAGGCAGUGCCAAUAUGUUUGAUCCCUACGCCCAUCAAAACGUCGUUGUUCUCUACAGCCUUGUGUGUACAACAACAUCGGUCCCUUGCUCGGGGCCGGAUGUUUUUGCUCUCGAGUUCUACAAUGAGCACGGCGAUGACAUGAUCUUUGAGCCUGAUUGUACCCUCGGGCAAUAUGUCGAAGAGCUUUGUCAUUCGGCAAACGCUGUAUGCACCUCUAAUGGCUGCGAGAAACGCAUGUCCGAGCACCAUCGUCAGUACGUCCAUGGAGAUGCACAGAUCAGCGUCUUGGUUCAACCAUACCCCUCCAAGCUUCGGGGACUGCAAGAUACGGUCUUGAUGUGGAGCUGUUGUAAGAUAUGUGGCAAUGAGACUCAGGUCACUCCCAUGUCAGAGAGCACUUGGAAAUACUCAUUCGGAAAAUACCUGGAACUUUCACUCUGGGGCAGGAAUCUACAUGCUCGCGCUGGUGUCUGUCCCCAUGAUCUCCAGCGAGAUCAUCUUCGCUACUUUGGCUUCAAAGAUGUUGCCUUGCGGAUUCAAUACGAUGCGAUCCAUCUUCUGGAGAUCAUAGUGCCUCGGCCUCGUGUUACUUGGAAAGUGGACAACGACUUGAAGUUGCGAAACGGGGUUUACUUGCGUACCGAGCAGCGUCUCAGCAAGUUCAUGAUGUCGGUCCACUCACGUUUGAAGGGCAUAAAUGUCGACAGUGUCGUACCGGAGCUGUUGGAUGACUGCAGGAAAGAGAUCGAGUCUUUGACCAGGAAAUGCCACGAGGAUCGUGCAGUCUUGAUUCGACAACUGCAAGACAAAUACUCUAGCUCUCGCUAUUGGGAGGUCAUCCCGUUGAACGAAGUUCUUCGCGCAGUUCAAGAAAAAGUUGUCGAGUGGGACACGACCUUUACUGAGUUUGAAAAGAACUUUUUCCCGUCUGAGAAGGAUAUCAAGCGACUGGCAACACUGCAGCUCAAAAAGAUAUUCCUUGACAGGGAUGCAACAUCAGUAUCUCCGGACGAUGCUCUCCAAACUCCGACAGAUGUGGAUGACGAGAGCGCCCCGGAGACAAAUCGGCCACGGAUGAUGCGACGCAUGACACUAUCUCCCGAGAAGGCCCAGAACGUGUUAGUGUCGGUUGUUGAGGAGCAUGCUGGCAAAAAACAUCGGGUGCCAGCACAGGAAGGGGUUGAAGUGCCACCGCUCCCUGCAGCGACUGAUGCCGCGCCUUCGGACGAUGCUUUACAUGAACAGAGGUCCUCUCCUCAGGAUGAAGCCGUUUUGCAAAAAGAGAUUCGCCAUCUUGAUUUGGCCGUCCCUACUAGCCAGCAGUCAGAACGCACCCCCCUCGGCUCAACGCCUCCUUUGAAUCGACCGUUGAACAACACGAAUCCGGAGGGAGCCGGCUCCCCUGAAAAGGAUUUUGGUCAACAGUCGACGGCAGCAUCCCCACCAAGGGAUAUAAAUCUUGCCGAAGAGAGCAGAAACGGAGAUAGGGAAGGUGUCAUUGAUAUACCCACCCCACCGACUAACCGGCCUUCCGCGAUUCCUAGGCUUACAGAGGGUGCAUUCCGGCGCUCCGGGAAAGUACGUUCGCCCCCAUUGGUACGUGCUCAGUCCCAACCGGCGCAUCUCACGAGAGAGAGAACAUUCAACGGUGCUUCGCUCGGCGGCUGCAAGAUGGGCCCGCCCAGUUCCGCUGAAUUGGAGAACAUGGCAAACGAGUCUCCGGCAAAAGCCUCAGACAAGAAACUUGUGGACCGCUUUGGCUUGACUGCCCUCAAAAAUGGCCGCUUUGUCCCUGGCCACUCUCUCAUUCCACGCUCCACCCCGACUAGAAAGGGCAAUCCUCGUGUUUCCAACCUGGCCAGACAUUUUGAGCAACUGAGUCGCGAGUUCGAAAAAGAGAGACAGCGUGAGAGACGACAGAGAGCUACUCGAGGCCCUCAUUCGCGUGCAUUUCCCUUGGCAUCUUCAAAGCCUAUCGUGGAGGUGUACCGAAACGUAAGAGAAGCUGUGGAGGAACGCGAACCUCCGGUGGAUGGUGAAGAAUCUCUGUCUUCGGCGCCACGCAUUCCAAUGGAUGAGUCAAGCCGACAGAGUGACGAAAUCAUCCACCAAAUGGCGCACGAAGAAGAGAAGCAAAAGCCUUCGCCUCGUGAUCCAUUGUCGGAACAAGCCGAGGCAGAAAAUGCACUUGGUUCCGAUGUUCCACUCCUGUCAGAAGGCGAGCCUGACGAAGGUCCCAGUGACGAAGAGCGGACUACGGCAGAAGAUCUCCAUCCCGUGGACUCGCAGGGAGAGGUCAAGCUCUUACCAGAAGAUGCGAUUGACUUCAAAGAUCUUCCUAAGCAUGAGCGCACAACGCUUUUGAACAUGUUGACGAACUUUUGGUCAGAGCGCUCUGCAAGUGGAUGGGUACCUCUGGAUUACCCGUUGACCAUGAUGGAUCACGUCUUUGCUGACUGCGAUAUUAUCGUGCGCGAGGACGAACCGAGUUCCCUGGUUGCGUUUGCGUUGGAUUCGCCCGACUAUAAAGAGAAGCUGGCCAGUAUUCAACAGCGGUAUGACGAGAUGGAGGAGUCCGAAUCGGAGCUCAGAGAUGAUACGGAAGUUGCCAACGAGGCACGCGUGGAACAUGCUCUUUUGCGAGCUACAGGCACCCACCUCAAAUACCAGUUUCAGGAGGGUCAAGCCAAAAUGCUAUGCAAAGUGUUCUAUGCGGAGCAAUUCGACGCUCUUCGCAAGAAAUGUGGUGUCGCGGAUCGAAUCGUCGAGUCGCUAUCUCGGUGCGCGAAAUGGGAUUCGAAGGGUGGUAAAACCAAGUCGUUGUUCCUGAAGACACUUGAUGAUCGGUUCAUCCUCAAGUCGCUGUCUACUAUCGAGACCCAGGCCUUCCUCAAAUUCGCACCGGCCUACUUCCAGAUCAUGUCCGAGGCUUUGUUCCAUGAGUUGCCGUCUGCGAUUGCCAAAAUGUUUGGUUUCUACCAGGUCAUCAUCAAAAACCCCGUUACGGGCACCGAGUUCAAUUGGUUCCUGCUGCUGAUGGAGAACUUGUUUUAUGAUCGCGUCCCAACGCGCAUCUUUGAUCUCAAGGGGUCCAUGCGGAACCGCAAAGUGCAGAGUACUGGGGAACGCGACGAAGUACUUCUGGACGAAAACAUGGUGGAUUUCAUCUACGAGACGCCGCUCUUUGCGCGCGAACACUCUAAGAAGCUGCUCAGCCAGAGCGUCUGGAACGACACCCUUUUCCUGGGCCGACAAAAUGUCAUGGACUAUUCCCUCAUGAUCGCGAUCGAUGAAAGCCGCAGUGAGUUGGUGGUGGGAAUCAUCGAUUGUAUCCGCACAUACACCUGGGACAAAAAACUCGAAUCGUGGAUCAAAGACCGUGGGUUUACGGGCGGGGGUCGCAACCGCCCCACGGUAACCAGCCCCAAGGAAUACAAGAGCCGGUUCCGGGAGGCCAUGGCACGAUACGUUCUCCAAGCACCAACUCCGAUGUACCGCUACCCGCAGGAUGAGAACCACGUCGCGCCCGGGUCCAAUGUGGUUGAAUUGGAUGCCAUCGACAGCGGGGGUAUGGACAUCGGUGGUUAUCAAUGA